CGGCACGUGGAACAGCGAAGGACUACUGUCUACUGGGUUACUUAGCCCCCAAAAAGUACAUCUGCGCUACAAGUCGUUUAACGCCAACGAAUUGGCCUCCAAUUAACCCAUUGAACGAUUAUAUCUUCAUAUGUUAUGUUAUCAAACGACGUCGUUAGGAGAACUUCGGCCGUGACGGUGUGUCUAAAGACCCAAGCGAAACUGGAAAACUCAAAGCGAAAGCCAAGCAAGCGAGUGAAGAAUAAUCAAAUGAAUCCUCAACUGUGGCACAAAGUUGCUGCGAUCUCUGGGAUGGCAGCUCUUGGUUUGGGCACGUAUGGUGCUCAUGUCUUCAAGCCCGAAAAUCCAACUUACAAAGAGGUCUGGCAAACAGCUUCCCUUUACCAUUUGGUUCACACUGCUGCUUUGGUUGCUGCCCCUAUUACCAAGAACCCCAACAUUUUUGGAGGCCUUUUAACCACUGGAAUUCUUGCAUUCUCUGGGACGUGUUAUACUGUAGCACUCCUCGAGGACAGAAAGUAUUCUACCUUAGCUCCAUUUGGUGGCUUUGCAUUUAUUGCUGCUUGGGCAAGCUUGCUUUUCUAAGGAUUCAAACUUCCUUAGUUGGUACCAUCACUCAAGAUGCUGCACUUAUGAUUUCAUGCGUCUCUGAGAUCUUGGAGAACAUAACUCCCACAUGCACUUUCUCUUGGGUUUUGAUAGUUACUAUUGAACUUUAUUGUCAUAUACCACUUUCCUGAGUGUCUUAUCAAUGUUUGGUGUUGUAAAGAUCAAUGUACUUAUUCUGCUACUCGGUUUAUAUUUCGGACAAAGAUUCAGUGCAAUACCCCUGCCCUAUUGCACUUGCAUAGAUCUUUAUCCUUCAAUUUCAUAUCUUGUACUUGGGAUAUUGGAAUCAUAUAAUAAAUUGAUAGUACGUUUCUGCAGAA